AAAAAGAAGCGGCACAUUUCCCGCUCUAUUUGAAUUCGAACAUUUUUUUUAAAUCCAAUCAUCCACUCAUCCAGUUUGUAAAUUUCUGAGAAAUUUCAUAAACCGUAUUUGCCCAAGUGCACGACCAGCGCAUUUUAUUGACAACUUGAUUUUUGGUUUGGAUUGGAGUUUUUAAAAUCUACUCGCUAAUUGAAUUUUAUCAUUUUGUGUAUUAAAUCAAAACUUUACACAAUCAAAUAUGGACAGAAGUAAAUCAAAAUCCAUGGAGAAUCUGCUCUGCGAGGAGUCAGCCGAUGAUUUAUUUAAAACACCAGCUCCCGUCACAACCAAACAAGAUGAAGGCGAUUCAGACUCGUCCGUAAAUGAAUUCGAUUACGAGCAGUAUUAUUAUGCUCUGACAUCCGAAAGUGAGCGCUCCCUGGAUACCUUUAAAUUCAAAAUCCCAGCACAGCCUCCGAAGAAACCAAAAAGAAGCGACCUCAAUGCGCCAACUAUAACCGAACCGGUUGCUAUUAACACCGAACCGGUUCAUGAUAAUACCCAACCAGUUGAUAAAAGUACCCAAACAGAUGAUUCGGAUUCCGAUUUCGAUCCAGAGGUAGUCGUUGAAGAGGAAGAUGAAGAGGUGUCACAAACUAAUGACACCCCACCUCAACUGGAGUGGGACAAUGAGGAUCUCCAAACCGAUAACUCUGAUUCCGAUUUCGAUCCAGAGGUAAUCGUUGAAGAGGAAGAUGAAGAGGUGCCACAAACUAAUGACACCCCACCUCAACUGGAGUGGGACAAUGAGGAUCUACAUUUGUUGGAACAAUUUGACAUUGACUUUGAUCCGGAUCCAUGGCGGGUUGUCAAACGUUUUGUUAGAACCCUAUUUUAUGCGCUAUUUAUUUGGCUGAUUCACAAAUUGGCUGACCGAUUCUUUGAUGAGAAAUAUUAAUUUCCUAUUUUUAUAUUGAUUAUUUUUGCUUGUAUAUUAUUUUAUUGUGUUUCCUUGGGACGUAUUCUUUUUUAAUUGAAAAUUUAAUUUAAUUUUGCUUACUAGCAUGUUUAUGAAGUUUAUUUUAUUUAUAAUUAAUUGAAUACGUUCCCAAGAGUGAUUUUUCUAUUGUACCUGUUUGAAAAAAAAAAAAAGAAAUGAGUUAAAAAAAUAACUACAUUAAUAAUUUCAAAAUUACAUUAUAUAUGUAUAUUAUUUUGUAUGUUUAUAUUAUGACCAUGUUUUUAGGCUAACUUAGUGCUUGGCUGAAUAAAAUUUUGGCACUGUAAACAACAACAAAUGAUUGCGUUUAGGAUAAAGAAGGGUAAUCAUUUUGUUGAUGUUUAUAGUAUAAAAUGGUACCUACCUCAGCUGAGUAAUGAAGUUAGCACCAAAACACCGGCUCUUUUAUGUCUUUAUUGUUCUAUAAUUAUUCUAUAUUCUAUGUUCUAUGUUUGUUUAUUAAUUGUGUUUUCGAAAUAAAUAUGAAGUUUUGAUUUUAA